AUGGUAUUCCACAAAAUAUGGCGCUGUAAAGAAUGCAAGCUCAACAAGUCAUCCGGCAUGCCUGCAGUGCACUGCCCUGCCAAGAUUGACCUCAAAAUAAAAAUGGUCAAUAGGAACACAAAAAGGAAUGAUGCCUUUCUGCAUGGAAAGAAGCCACUGCCAGCUGUCAUAAAACUGUUUCACCACAGCAGUCACAGCACAGCAGCUGCGGAGGCCCUUCGUCGUCUCGCACCAACGUCCCAAACUAAACAAGCCUUUUUGGAAUAUUUCAACAACGGCAUGUCCCCAGCCGAAGCUAUCAGGCUUCAUGAAAGCAAGCUGGUGGUUCAAGAGAAUGGGUAUGCCCUCGUUGCCAACUCGGCAGUUAACCCAGUGCCUUCAGCCAUAUAUUACUGGCACAAGCUCUGGCGUGAAGAAAACUUCGGAAGAGACAUUGACCCACUCUUGAAAAUAGCAGAGAAGAUGCCGCUGUAUGCCAAAGAAGGUGAGCCUUACAAUUAA